UUCUUUUUUUUUCACUGCCAGCAUCUCAACCAUCGUACUCCUCCCACAUGGAACUAUAAAAGAGCUGUGUUGUUGGUCGAUCAAAUCACCAGUUCUCCCAGUUUGAGAAAGUAGCUUCUCCUCUUCUACAAAAACAAAUCAACAUGAAGUGCCUGAUGAUCUUGGCUGUUUUGGUUGCUGCCGUUGCUGCUGCACCCCAGUACUUGCCUUAUGGCUACUCUUCCUAUGGCUACGCUGGUCUUCCCUACGCCGCUGCUCCUGGCUUUGCUUACAACUACGUCACAGGCCCCGCCGCCUACCCUGUCGCUGCUCCAGUUGCCUACGCCGCUCCUGCUCCAGUUGCCUACGCCGCUCCUGCUCCCAUCGCCUACCAGACCGGUGCCAAAGUUGUGGCCAAAUACGAGCCUGUCGAACAACACGGAUAUCAAAUCGCUUAUUAAAUAACGUACCAUACCUGAACGUGAACAACAGAUUAUCUAAAGCCGACGAAUUCAACAUCCUUUCUGUCGGCAAUAAGGGGCGUCCAUCUGGCCACUUAAAAGACGAAAUAAAGAUUUUUUUAAAGACUA